AUUACACGGCUAAGAAAUCGCCACGUCAUGACAUCAAUUAAUAUUUUAAAAAUCUUUCAGAAAUAUCUAGAGAAGGCUAUAAAUUUCUCUAUUUCUUCCGUUCCUAAAGGUUUCUGGACUAGUGAAGCUACUUCUAUGCUCUGUUGUGUUGCCCUGUUAUAGCAAUCUUACCAAAAAUACAAUAAAGAAAACGCCUUUCUUGCAACCAAAAUAGCAUAAUAAGGAGGAGAAAUCAACCUAUACACAAGUGAAACUUGCGUUUGCAGAGGAUAUUGACAGAUUCUGAAAGUCUCAUAUUUGGCUUUCAUUGGGGAGUUUAUAAAUAUUUGUCUAGUUCUGUUUGUUGAUUGAAAGAAGGUGGUGGUUGUGACGAGUUACCGUAUAAAAUUGGGGAAGAUGGUUACAUUUGAUCAAGGUUCUAAUGUAAUUUCUAAGCCCUUGGCUUCUACAAGGAAGAGGAAGAGGCGGGAGGGCAAUAGCUCUGUUGCUGAGACUCUUCAAAAAUGGAAGGAGUACAAUAAAUAUCUUGAUUCUUGUACUAAUGGAGAUGAUAAACCGGUGCGUAAAAUUCCAGCUAAAGGCUCAAGGAAGGGAUGUAUGAAGGGCAAAGGAGGGCCUGAGAACUCGCAGUGUAUUUAUAGAGGUGUUAGACAAAGGAAAUGGGGUAAAUGGGUUGCGGAGAUUAGGGUACCAAAUAGAGGGCCUAGGCUUUGGCUUGGAACUUUUCCAACUGCCUCUGAAGCUGCUCUUGCAUAUGAUAACGCUGCACGGGCCAUGUAUGGUACUCUUGCCCGGCUGAAUUUUCCUGAAUUAUCAAAUUCAACAAGCUCAUCAAAGGAUUUCUGCUUGGCUGCAACCUCAUCUGGCUAUUCUUCUGUAGCAACUCCUGCAGGUUCAGACUCCACUACUACGUCCAAUCAUUCGGAAGUUUGUGCAGAUGAAGACACCAAAGAGCAUAUUGUAAAAAUUGGGGAUGGUGAAGGUGAAUCAAAAAUAAAACUUCAGCCUCCUGAAGUAAUUAAAUCUGUCUCAUCAUGUAUUAAACUGAAAAAAGAAGCAAAGGAGGAGCUGGAAUCCGUCUCAACAUGGAGUAAACUGAAACAAGAAGCGAAGGAGGAGCGGGAAGAUGUUACAGAGAGUGAAAGGGGUAGGAUGCCGGAGAUUAAAAUCCCAGAGAAAGACGAAAUUCAACAGAAUAAUAUUUGUGAGCAAAAACAGAAAGGUGUCUGUGAUAUCCAACAAGACCCAAAAGAUGAGUCUCUGAGUGUGAAGGAUUAUGGCUGGGGUAAUGGAUGUGAUGGGAUGGAUUACUUGCAAAAUUUCAAAAUUGAUGAGAUGUUUAGUGUUGAUGAACUACUGGGGACCAUAGACAACAACCCGCUCAAUCUGGAUUUUGAUAGUGAUCAACUGUUGUUCACUGACAAUGAUCAUCUACUGCAUGAGCUGCCGCUUGAUUUGUCAUUCCAGUUGCAGAGCCCUGAUGCUAGGUUCAUUGGGGAUCAUCAGCAUAUACAGCAGGUGCCUUCAGGUGGCGAUUACAACUUCGAUUUCUUGAAUCCAGGCAGGCAGGAAGACAACAAUGUUCCAUUGGAUGAUCAAGGAUACUUCAGUUUGGGAUUGCCAGAUAGGUUUUGAUGAGGAGACAUGAGUAAGAGGGCAUUUUGCAGCCUGACGAUGACACUGUAUUAUCACUUGGAAAUAACAAACAAAAUAAUAGUACUGUUUUGGUCUGAGACUACCCUUGUUGAUUCAGGAGGUCAGAUGACAAGGAGCAUUAGGGUGUGGUUUGCUGCUAUAUUAACAUGUUUUCUACAUUACUGAAUUUGUUCUUUUAAACCUGACCCACAAAUGGCUGAUUCUCUGGAGUUUUUUUUUAUCAGAGAAAUUGGCCUUGAAACGUCUUUGUUUUCGCGAACCAACUUCAAGGUAGAGUUGGGGCUGGUUGUUAUCAUGCCUUGGGCAAAGCUUUUGUGAUAUUGAAGAAUUUAGUUUUGUUAGACAAAUUAUUUCUUGUAUAUGAAGAGUACUCGAUAAUCGUAUGUCAAUCGACUUUUAAAUGUUCAUGUUCAAAUCA